AUGACUAAAGCAUCUUCAUUUUACGCAAAACAUGACAUUGAGAUUCUGAACAUGGAGGGAAUGUAUGCUGCACCGGGGAGAAGAAUGUUUCGUGGUAAUACUUCACAAGUGACAGAUCUUCAUCAUUUUCGAGUUGAGGUUUUUCUAAGUGUUAUUGAUCAACAAUUGCAAGAAAUUGAAAAUCGAUUUAGUGAGAAAAGUAAGGAAUUACUUAUUUGCAUGUCUUGCUUUAAUCCUACUGAUUGGUUUGCAUCAUAUGACAAAGAAAAAUUGCUUAGGCUUGCUGAGUUUUAUCCAAAUGAAUUUUCAAGUGCUGAAAUGUUCUUUUUCGAACAUUCAUUGGAUAACUUCAUUGAAGAUGUUCGAAAUGAUGAGAGGUUUUGGAUGUGA